AUGGCUGCUGUGCCCCUCGGCUUCGACAUCGACGCCCCGCGCUGGGACCAGAGCACCUUCGUGGGGCGGCUGUGGCACUUCUUCAACAUCACUGACCCACGCACCGUGCUGGUGCCGGAGAGGGAGCUGGACCGGGCACAGGCCGUGGUGGCAGGCUGCAGGGCUGGGAUGGUGCCGCUGGGAAGCAGCCGGGAGCAGCUGCUGUAUGCCAAGAAGCUGUACGACUCGGCCUUCCACCCCGACAGCGGUGAGAAGAUGAACCUCAUUGGCAGGAUGUCCUUCCAGGUGCCAGGUGGCAUGGCCCUCACUGGCUGCAUGCUGCAGUUCUACCGGACAGUGCCGGCUGUGGUGUUCUGGCAGUGGGUGAACCAAUCCUUCAAUGCCAUCGUCAACUACACCAACCGCAACGCCGCAUCCCCCAUCUCUCUGGCGCAAAUAGGAGUGGCUUACAUCACGGCCACCACAACAGCCCUGGCCACUGCUGUGGGACUCAACCUCUACACCAAGCGUGCUCCUCCCUUGCUCGCCCGCUGGGUCCCUUUUGCAGCUGUAGCCGCUGCCAACUGCGUGAACAUCCCAAUGAUGAGGCAACAGGAGAUCAUCCAUGGGAUUUCAGUGACCGAUGAGGACAACAAUGAGCUUGGGCACUCCAGGAGAGCAGCGGUGAAGGGCAUUGCACAGGUUGUGGUCUCCAGGAUCACUAUGGCAGCUCCAGGCAUGAUCAUUCUGCCCAUCAUCAUGGAGCGGCUGGAGAAGUUCCCCUUCAUGCAGCGGAUCCGGGUUCUCCAUGCACCGCUGCAGGUGCUGCUGUGUGGUGGGUUCUUGCUGUUCAUGGUGCCGGUGGCCUGUGCCCUGUUCCCUCAGAGAUGCUCUCUUGCGCUGGCUGACCUUGAGCCGGAGCUGCGGGACAGCAUCGUGACCAAGCACGGAGACAAAGUGCCAUUUGUCUACUUUAACAAAGGGCUGUGAAUAGAGGCUAUUUCGGGAGCCAUUGAACCCUUCCAGCCCCCCACCACUGCCAGCCCUGUGUCAGAGCGGGGCUUGGAUGCAUGGUGCGGCCCCCAUUAACCCAGUCGGAGUGGAGCUGGAAUCAUCUCCCAUUUCCCCCACCCCAAACCACAUUGCUGCCUUAAACUGCUGCAGGGGCCUCUUUGCAAGAGCUGGAGACCCCACAAUGAGUGGGAAAGGACCUGUCCCCUGUGUAGGGGAACACACCAAAGUCCUGGGACCAGUGCUAGGACUGUGCCUUCCUUGCUCUCAGAUUCAGGUUUUAUUCACUUUGCGAUUGGCACAAUCCCAAAGAUAAAUAGCUAAUUGUUUUUAAGCUCUGAAUUUUGCAAUCAGCACAUUGCACUAAGCCAGGCAUCACCUUGCCAUUUUGUGCCUCACUGUUCCUGUGGUGGGACCAAGGACUUGGGGGACACUUGAUUCUGGACCCCUCACACAGGGAGGGUCAUGAAGCCAUUGGGUUUUGAACUCAGGCUGUAAACAGACCACACUGCAAAUGACAGAGAUGGGGGUUGGCAAAUAAAACAUGGUGAUUUUUAAAACA